UUUCUUAUGUAUUAAAUUGUGUUAAGAGCAUCAGAUGGUACAGGCAUUUAUUCAUACAAAAACACAAUUUCACAAGCUUCACAACAGAACUACACAAAAUGUUUGAGCUCAGCCAAUUCAGAAAGAAUUGCGAGGAGUUGGGAAAUACAACAUUCUUAACAACACACAUUCCACUGGCGACACAAAUAUGCCAAAAAACAACAAAAUCUGCAAAUUGCACAGUGUCAAGGAAGUUUUGUGGACCGAAUAAUUGUGUUUGUGUGACCACGAUGGUCAAAAAUUUUAUCUAUUCUUCGGUCGAAGAGGCAACAACCGGAAAGCCGUUGGUCAGUGAGUCCAUUGAGAUCCCGGCUCAGCUCAAAGCCUUUAUAAAUGGUAACAAACUCAAUGACAAUUUACCAAAUCGUACAUUCGGCCUACAGGAUAUUCCAGUAUUCAACAAAAAGCACAGAAAGAUAUCUGUAUCUCCAAAACAGCCUGAAAAAGUUUCUUUUGAAAGCAAAUGCUCGAACCGAACUAACUCGACAAACAUGGACAAUAAGAAUGUUAGGAUUUCAACUCAAAAGAGCAUGUGUCAAACCAACAACCAAGGUUGUUAUUCUGAUCUGCCGAGUAGCAAGAAUAAUGAAGUUGUAAAAAGUAACAUUACAAACUAUGAUUCACCAAUGCAGUCAAUUUGUCUUGAUCGUUCUUUAGUGGUAAAAAAUGAUCAGCCUCGGGACUCAAACAAAAUUGGAAUUCUUGAAAGCGAAAACAAUGUCAAGAAUUGUGUAACAAUUCAGGUAUUGAAAGAAGUAAGUACGCCUAAGGUGUGCACUUGCAAUGUCUGUAAAAGCAACAAUGCGACAAACAAUGAGAUUAAACCAAUGGUGCUUUCACACAGUGGGAUAAUGAAGAAACAGAAAAUUCCUAAAUCAAUUUGUUGUUCAGUUGGUAUAAACGAAAAGUCAAAUAUGUGCUUGUGUACCACAAUGUACGAGUGUGAUUUGAUUUCAAAAUCUCAAGAUAUGUUCCCAAACAAGGGGAAAUUAUUAAGUGAAGUUAAUUUUGAAGAAAGUAGCAAAGAAAUUAAGACAGAUGAGGUAACCUUUGCCCAUAAAAAUGAUAUAUCAGAAUUUAAAUUUUUUGAAUGCUUUAAAAAUGAAGACACCGAUAGAAACAGAAACCAAGCCAACUCAAUGGACAUAACGAAAACUGUCAAAAAUAGCACACUUAUUGUUGAUAAAGUUGAAAAAACAUCCAAAGAAAAUGUUAAGAAGGACAAUGAAAAUAAGUGUGUAGACAAAACAUUAAAAAGGAAUCAAGAAGAUACUCAAGAUUCUUCCAGGAUCCGAAUGCAAGAGGAUAAGAACAUGGAUUUACAAGUGUCAAACCAAGGAAAAGAUAUUUCUGAAAUGUACAUAAAACAACUGAAACAAAGAACGAAUUCAUUGUCAGUAAAUAGUUCCAAGAAAGAAGUUAUUGAACAAAAAUUACAAAAAAUAAGCUGCGAAAACAAUACUGAACCAAUAGAAAAAGGAACGAAUGUAUUGAUUGUUAGUGGUUCCAAGAAAUCAUUUUAUGAAGAGAUUGUAAUUUCAAAGGAACUAAGCAAUGAUCAAUUAAAUACUGAAGAUUGUUCAUAUACAAGAGUUGAUAAAGUCAAUGAUUUAAAUGUACCAGACAAACAGAAACAAUAUAUUUGUACAAAUAAAAUUGAACAAAUAAAACAAAGAAUGAAUGUGAAAAAUGAAAUGAAUGUCCAUAGUUCCAAGAAUUCAUCUAAUGAAAAUAUUAUAAAUUCAAAGGAGAACAAAAUAAGUGAGUGUUUCCUUACAGAACUGAGCAGUGAGGAAUUAAAUGCUGACGAUUAUUUUACCAGAAUUGACAAUGAUUGUGAUUAUGAUUUUAAAGUAUCAGACAAAGGAAGAGGCUUUUGUCAAAAUAAAAUUGAACAAUUAAAACAAAGAAGAAACAUGUUGCUUGCAAAACAUUCCAAGAAGAAGAAAAAUGAGUGUGUGGUCAAAGAAUUAAGCAAGGAACAAGUAAAUACUAAUGAUCAUUCCAAUAAAAUUAGUACGGACAAUGAUUGGAAUGAUGAUUCAAAAGUACCAGACAAAUGUGAAAAAUAUAUUUUUACAAAUAACAUUGAACAAUUAAAAAAAAGAAUGUACGCAUUACUUGUGAAACGUUCUAAGAAGGCAUUUAUUAAAAACAUGGCAAAUUCAAAGGUAAUCAAUGAAAAGAAAUGUGUGGUCAAAGAAUUAAGCAGGGGACAAAUAAAUGAUUAUUUCACCAGAAAUUAUACUGAUGAUGAUUGCGAUGAUGAUUUCAAUGUACCAGACAAAGGAAAAAGCUAUUGUAAAUUUAGCAUUGAACAAUUAAAACAAAGAAUGGAGAGUUUAAAUCUAACAGAUAAACGUCUAAAUGUAAACUGCCCUAAAUAUGAAUGUAAAAAUAGAACAGGAAACAGCAAAAAACCUGUUGAUGAUGAACAUCUUCAGGCAGAACCCACAAUCAAUAAGAGUGCUCAAGAAUAUAAUACUGACAUUGAAAUUGUCUGCAAACAAAGUUCUGAUGAUAAUGUUGAAGUGAGCGAGGAGCAACCUCACAGUCAAAAUAAAAAACAUAAUCAUCAUAAGAAAAAGAAAAAUUUGGAACACAAAACAAGUUGUAGUGUAAAGUUGCUAUCUAUGCCGGUAUCAUCAUACUGCCAAGACAAGAAAAGUAAGAUAUCCUCUGUAAAAUCUAAACCAAAAAAGUCAAGUGAAUUCCUCGGAGAAAUAUCUGAAUUAGAAAGAAUAAAACGUUACCAGUGUAAAGUGGAUGACCUGUACAACCAAAUUUGGAAACAUGUGAAUUCAAGUCCCAAAGUUUCAAGACAUAAAUCCAAAAUGUUCAUUGAGACCGGAAAGAAGUCUAUUCAUAAAACCCAUCACUCGGAUAAGCUUGAUGGAGGGAUAUGGGAAAAAAUCCUGGAGGAUGAUGACUAAAGAUAUAUUUUAUGAAUUGUUCAAAUAGGACCUAUUUAUCCAUGUAUAUUGUUGGUUGGCAACGUGAUUCGUUCAAUUUUUCUAACAGUUGUUUUAAAGCUAAUCAUUUCAUUGUGAGUUAAAUAACCAUUAAAGGAAAACUAAAAUAAAAAUAAAAUAAAACAGUCAAAUCAAAGUGAUUUCUUAGAUUUACUAGUAGAGUAAAGAUGAGACUGAUGGCAGGACUUUG